GAAUGAUGGACGAGAGCGAGGCGGUGUCCGAUUUCGCGCCACAGAAGCCGGCGAGACAGUUGGAUUUCACGGCAAUCUGUAGAUCGUCGGCGGCGGCGAGUGUGGCGUUGACGGAGCAUCAAGAGCCCCCGGCCCAGCCGCAGCCGCCCCCGCAGUUCGGCACGCAGCUCGAGUUUCGGUUGCCGUCUGAAUCGGAAUCGCGGCGACAAUCCCAGUCGGAGAAGGCGGUUCAGUGGCAGCCUCGGCAAAUUCAGCCGCGUCUUUUCCGCCCGGUGCAACUUCAGUCGCCAUUGCAGCCGCCGCAGGUUCAGUAUCAGUUGAAGUUCUGUGUGCCACAAGGGAAACCGCCACAAGUACAGCUCAGUCUCCACCACCACGGAUAAUGAUCUUGAAUUCGAAUUUGCAGCCGCAGCCACAGCCGCAGCUGCAGGUGAUUCCGUCGACACAGCAGACACAUCCUCUGCAUAAGGUUCCAGUUCCGGCAGUGGAAGUUGGCAAGCCAGAAUCUCCCAUUUCACGGCCACAGAUUGCUACUGAAGCAAAAUAUUUUACUCCUACAAAGCCAAAGCUUUGUAAUUGCAAGAGUUCUCGAUGUCUGAAACUGUACUGCGAAUGUUUUUCAGCUGGAGUUUAUUGUGAUGGUUGCAACUGCAUGAACUGUCAGAAUAAUGAAGAAAAUGAGCCUACAAGGAAAUUUGCUGUUAGAGCAAUCUUAGAAAGAAAUCCGGAGGCGUUUAGACCAAAGAUUGCUACCAGUCCUCAUGGAUUACAAGAUAAUGGGGAUGUGGGGGGAAUUCAAAUGGUGGGAAAGCACAACAAAGGAUGUCAGUGCAAGAAAUCUGGGUGCCUCAAGAAAUACUGUGAAUGUUUCCAGGCUGGUGUUUUGUGCUCUGAAAAUUGUAAAUGCAAGGAUUGCAAGAACUUUGAAGGAAGUGAAGAAAGAAUGACUCUCUUCCAUGGUACCCAUGAUGCUAUGGCCUACAUCCAACGAGCAGCCAAUGCCGCGAUCAAUGGAGCGGUUGGUUCCUCAGGAUAUGGGGUCCCUCCAGCUAUGAAGAAGAUAAAACUUGACAAUUUUUCCAGUAUGCCCCGUAAUGGUAGAUCCAGCCGAGCAAGUGCCCGGUAUCAGCAGGAAAGAAAGUCUGGAGCUUAUGUCGCUGGUGUGGCUUCUUCCCCAUCCACAUCUAUAUUUUACCCAGCUAAUGCAGCAAUGCCAGGACCUUCCAAAUUCACAUACAGAUCUCCGCUGGCAAACAUGCUCCAACCAGAGGACAUGAAGAAAUUCUGCUCAUUACUGGUUUCCAUCUCUACCGAAGCUAGGACUACAUUUGCAGAGAAGGAAGCCCAGACAGAUCAGCAGAAAGAACAGGAAGACAUUGAAGACUCACUCCCUCUGUUUGCUAAAGCAUUAGAGCAUGGUCAAAAGGAUAGUGCUGUUCAGAAAGGCAUGAAUGAUGACAACUUGAGUAGGAGUCUAGCAGAAAGAGAAGGAACAAUUGAUUGUGCGUCCAGUGGAGAGGCUUUGCAAAAUGAUCAGCCAGUUUCCCCUGAAACGCUUGCAUUGAUGUGUGAGGAAAAAGAUGCUAUGCACAUGUUAGAUGGACUUGAAAAUGGAGUUUAUGACCAUACCUGUCCCACUAGUGCUAAAUUUAAUAGUGGAGGAGACCGUAGGGGGGCCUAUGUGGAGCAGGAAAAGGUUGUCCUAACAACAUUCUUGCACUUCCUCGACAAUCUCAUCACUCAUAGAAGUAAAGACACAUUGUUCGGUCCAGCACUUCAAACUGAGACAAGAAAACGGCCAGAACUCCAAAAUGACUGCACAACAGCUGGAAGUGAGCCAGAGAAUCGCCCUAACUGCAAUGGGGUAAAGUUUCCUCCUACAGAAACUAUAGUGGAAUCUCAGAUAGACAGUGGAGUCUCCUGUUCUAAAGAAAGUUCAACUUUAACCAUGGGAUUGGCUACUGAUAAUGCUCAUCUAACCUCCAAGAUUGAAAAUUUGUUGUGAUUCGAAGAAAACAGCUGAUGAGGCACAUUUUUGGCUUUUCAUUACGCAGAUGCAGCAUUUUAUUAGGUCCAAUAGAUAUCCUCUGGCAGAAACUAACUAGAGCUUCACUCAUUUUUUUAUUCGUUUUAACGAUUGGGAAGUGGUUUUUCUAGUUUCCCCUUUUCCCCAUAAUUAACAUUCUAUAUUUAAAUUUGGCUAAUUAUUUUUCUUAAGUUCAUGCA